AGCAACUUCAGUGACGGAGGGGACGGAGUAGAAGAAGAAGAAAGCUCCGCCCUACUGCUCCGUCGCUUCCGGAUCAGACCAUCUCAGCACGUUUUCUGUAUUUUUAUCUCGUACCAGUGGUGAGCCACAUUUUAUAUCCGUGUUAUUCUGACUCUGUGUUUAUUUAAUGGUUAGUUUCGUGUCGCUGCUACAGACUCACUGAACUAAGUGAGCAGCAGCAUCCAGUCAUGGAGGAGGAGACACCGGAGGAGCUGCUGGUGAAACAGCACAGAAAGGAAAAGAAAGAUCUGCAAGCUAAAAUCCAGAGCAUGAAAAAUGCAGUCCCCAAAAAUGACAAGAAAAGGAGGAAACAGUUGACAGAGGAAAUUGCCAAGCUUGAAGCAGACCUCAGUCAGAAACACGAGGAGGAAAUUGGGCAACUCCAAUCUACACCUGACACAAAGGUGGAAGAGUUGGUAAAUGGAGUUGAGACCUUGGAGAUGGAGGGUAGAGAACAAGAAGAGGUCAAACAACAACGAGUAUCCAAGGCCCAGAAGAGAAGGGACAAGAAGGCUACACAGGACAAGGAGAGGGAGAGCAGGAUAGCAGAGGCCGAGGUGCAGAACCUGCAGGGUGUGAGGCACCAGGAGGGCGUAAAGCUGACUCAGAAACUCACCCAGCAGCAGCUUCAGAUCAAAGAGAUCUCCUCCGAUGGCCACUGCAUGUACCGAGCCAUUGAAGAUCAGUUGGCACAGCGAUCAAAGCCUGGAUUAACCAUGAGUGUGAAGGAGCUGCGGUCUCGUACCGCCGAGCACAUGAGAGGCCAUGUUGAUGACUUCCUGCCUUUCCUCACAAACCCCAACACUGGUGACAUGUUCACAACAGAUGAGUUUGAGAAAUACUGCAGUGAAGUGGAGCACACAGCAGCUUGGGGUGGACAGCUGGAGCUCCGAGCUUUAACCCAAGUUCUUCAGUUGCCGAUAGAAGUGAUCCAGGCUGAUUCCCCAGCUAUAAAAAUUGGGGAGGAAUAUAACAGUGAACCCAUCACCCUUGUCUACAUGCGUCACGCCUAUGGAUUGGGAGAGCACUAUAAUUCUGUGGAGCGGCUAAAGGACCCAGCCAAUGCAGAGGACAGCUGAGAGACAACUCAGUCUCAGUGUGACAUAAACCAGUUUGUGUAAUGUGGAGCGUAAAAACCACUCACACCAAGGGCCCAUAAAUACAAAUGUAUUUCAAAGGGUGAUUUGUGCUAAGGAAAGAAAGCAAAGAAAUUAAAUUAGUGUGCUCAUGAUUUUACAUUGGACACCCUUGGUCUAAACUAUACCCCAUGGUGCCCCUGCAGCCCUUUUUGGGAUGUAGUGUUAUAGAACAUACUUUUAAACAAAAUCCACAAGGACAGAAGAGCACGGAAGAGCUGUUGAUCGUACAUGUCCAAUGAGAUUCUAAAGUUUUUUUGCGGUGUUCUAAGAAGGAACUGAGUUGUUGGACCUGUUAACACAUGUCAAUGUUAUUUAAAUACGUACAAUACUGAAGAGAUUGAGAUGUGUCACUGCUUGAUGUUUGG